AUGAACCAGAUCGAUACACCCGGGAUAGCUCAGAUUCACGACCCCGCACUGCAGCGGAGACACAAGACUGAGAUGGAGGAUAAAAACCGGGGGAGACGUCGGAGUCGGCCCAACAGCAAGAGUAAAGAUGGCAGCGGGGAGGGAUCUCCAAACGAGGGCGCGGACGGCCACUCUUCUGGAACGGAUGGCCCCUCGAGGAAGCGCCGUAGGAGUCGCAAGGGCUUGGACAAAAAAUUCGAGUGUCCCCAAGAAGGCUGCGGGAAGAGCUACUCAAGGGCUGAGCAUCUAUAUCGCCAUCAGCUGAAUCACACGCCUAAGCAAAUUUAUAAUUGCGAUUUCCCUGACUGCUCUCGUACAUUCGUCAGGCAGGACUUGUGUAAUAGACAUAGGGACCGGCAUACUGCUAAGGGGUCACAGCUUCACCGCAAAGAUUCCAUGCUAGGCCAUGCUCAUGCUUCACCAAUGGUAGAAUCUGGUAAGCCUUUGUCAAUGCACGGCUCCGCUUCUCCAGAGGUUAUGAGACCAGGUCUGGCUGGUGGUAAAUCGCGAACUGGCCAACUUCAAUACCAGUCUCCUCAAGAGAUGCACCCCAGUUCCUAUUCGCCCGCGACCAACCCCUCGUCUGGAACAUACUCCGGUACAGCUUCCUCAAAUGGCGGGGAGAAUUUUCCUCAGUCCAACAACUUCAUCAAACGCUCCAAUAGCGACAAUGUCACUAGGGGGCAUGAUUCGGCCACGGGUACCCCACAAAGUAGACCACAGCGCCACUCAAGCUUUGGAGUAUCUGAUGCAAAAACGGCCGAUUUCUCGAGGCCUCCUCUGCAGACCACUGUGGGGCCCUAUGGCUUGUUGAAUUCUGCUUCAAGCUCCCAGAAUUAUCAUGCCAAUCAGAAUAGUCCGCACACAUUUGUACCCCAGCAGAAUUUCACACCAUUCACACUGCCACCUCCCGGAUUCUCGACGUCCGUGACUGCAGCUUCAUCCACGCGGUCAGCUGAGCCGAGUUAUCCUACUUCGAUGUCCACAGACUAUCCCAGCGAGUCAACUCAUCACCAACAAUCCGGCCCAGAUAUGAUGCUAUUGGAUCAGAUGACAGCACCUAACACUAUGCCUGUGUUUGGAGGCGAAGGUUACAACCGCUCUCCUUUUGCCAUUCCUGAAGAUUUCGUGGCAUAUUUAUUCAGUGGUCAACAAGUAGACAAUUCUUCGCCCAUGCAGAUUGGACAGCAAGGUUAUACAAACUAUCCUGAUACGAACAACCAAUACUAUGCACCUUAUUUUGCAAAUGACAUUAAUCUUGGCGGAUUCUUUCCACCAAAUCAUCAACAACCCCAUCAUCCUAUGGCUGUUACGAGCUUGCUUGAUACAAGCCUUCCCGAAACAGUCCUGUCCGAAGAGAAGAGCCAAGCGAUUGUUGACUUGGUCAAAGAGCGCUUCAACGAGACGGACCAUGCACCGGUUGCAAGACAGAAGGAAGCUCUUCUGGAAGGCGACCGCAGCGAUGACAGCCAUAUGCUGAGCCGGAAGAUGAUGCAAACUUACAUUGGGAGUUACUGGUACCAUUUUAGCGAACAAGUCCCAAUUUUGCACAAGCCAACAUUCUCGCCAGACAAAACACCAAACCUUCUUCUGAUUGCUAUAAUGGCUAUUGGUGCAUCUUGUUUGGACAAGAUUCAUGGGUACGAAAUGACUCAAGCCGGUGCAGAGCUCUCGAAUUUCUUGGCUUGGCAUCUGAGAUGGGAAAUCUUCAGCGACUAUCAUUUUCGCCCUCCGGCGAAGUUGUGGGUAUUCCAAGCUUUACUGCUCUUAGAGUUGUAUGAGAAGAUGUAUUCGACUAGAGCUUUGCAUGAGCGAGCACAUAUCCAUCACGCAACCACGAUCACCUUGAUGCGUCGCGGUAGCUCUCUCAUUGGAAGAUCUGCUUUGGAUUCUCCUCCGAGUGUCAGGGAUGAUAAGCAGGGCGUGAAUGGAUCUAGACAGUCCUCGACUUCUGGGGCAAAUACUCCAGAUGAGUGGUGGAACCACUGGAUCACCAAUGAAGCCACACGACGGGCAGCCUUCGCAGCAUUCGUUACUGAUUCAACACAUGCAACGAUGUUUGGCCAUUCUACCGUUAUGGUCGCUCACGAAAUGCGGCUCCCACUGCCCUGCGAUGAGGCUCUCUGGACUGCCACUAACAGCGCUGAAGUCGGCAGAAUCGAGGCUAGUCUUCAAGCCAAUGGUGUGAAGCCAAUCUCGUUCUUAGAAGGCCUUAAGAGGACUCUCAACGGGCAAGAAGUUCGCACAAACUCGUUCGGGCGGACCAUUCUGAUGGCUGGCCUGCUAAGCGUGAGCUGGCAUAUGAACCAGAGAGAUCUCCAAGUCAAUUCGCUUGGUGUUUCACAGGCUCUGGGAGGACGAGAUAAAUGGAGAGGAUCACUGACCCGAGCAUUCGAUCUGUGGAAACAGGACUUCGACAGGUCUUUGAGCGUCAAUUCCGACGGCAUCCCUGGACCCUAUGUAUACACCGAGAAGAAGGAGGACAACGUUGUGUUUCAAAGCAGGACAGUUCUCCAUCAUUUGGCACACAUGGCGAUGCAUGUCGAUAUCGUGGAUUGCCAGAUCUUUGCUCGGGCCAAGCGUCUUCUCGGCCGUACCAUUGGUUCCCAAGAUCUGAACAGCGCUCAACGGCGGAUGAAAGACAAUUGGGCUCCCACCGCAAAAGCCAGGGACGCCACGUGGUACGCUCUACGCUUCCUGUGCAGCGUCCUACUUCCCGAAGAAGUUGUCACAUCAAACAACAUUCACAGCGGUUACAAUGACCCUCCCUUCGACUACUCAGCUCGAGACGACCCACUGCUUAAUAGACCAUGGGUUAUGUAUUUCGCAGCUCUGAUUGUCUGGUGCUACGCCUAUGCCCUGGAAGGCCCAACCAGUGGACCCGUCCCCGCGGCCUACGAUUUCGAGGAGCAAGUGCGAGACAUGCGCGCGUACCUGCGGAGAGUUGGCGGCGUCCAUGAUCCCGAACAGCUUAAAUCGAUGCGCGGAUUCAACGGCUGCAGUGGUAUGCUGAUGGUGCUUCGCACCGUGUUCGAGAAGACGAGAUGGGAGCUGUUGCACGAAGCGGCGCUCCUGUUGGACAACUGUGUUAAGUUGCUCGGGCAAACAACCCAAAGUAACUAA